AAAGAUGAAGCCCACUAGUUAACAAAACACACUAUAAUAAAACACAAAAACAACAAAGGGUUGCAAACGUUUCUUCACCAACAAUGGAUCCCUACUCGUUCUCCUCAUCGGCGGCCAUGGCGCAACAGACAUGGGAGCUUGAAAACAACAUCGUAACAAUGGAGGCUCCUCAGUCUUCCGAAUCAGACGCCAUCUUCUACUACGACGAGGCCGCUCAGGCCAAGUUCCAGCAAGAGAAACCAUGGCUCAACAACCCUCACUACUUCAAACGGGUCAAAAUCUCAGCCCUAGCUUUACUCAAGAUGGUGGUUCAUGCUCGCUCCGGUGGAACCAUCGAAGUCAUGGGCCUUAUGCAGGGGAAGACUGACGGAGAUGCGAUUAUUGUUAUGGACGCUUUUGCCCUUCCGGUUGAAGGUACCGAAACUAGGGUUAAUGCUCAGGCGGAUGCGUAUGAGUAUAUGGUUGAGUAUUCUCAGACUAAUAAACAGGCAGGGAGAUUGGAAAACGUUGUUGGGUGGUACCAUUCGCAUCCUGGUUACGGAUGCUGGUUGUCUGGCAUUGAUGUUUCUACUCAAAUGCUGAACCAGCAGUACCAGGAGCCUUUCCUGGCUGUUGUUAUAGACCCAACAAGAACAGUUUCCGCUGGAAAAGUUGAGAUCGGCGCGUUUAGGACGUACCCUGAAGGAUAUAAGCCGUCGGAUGAGCCUGUGUCGGAGUAUCAAACUAUUCCUCUGAACAAGAUUGAAGACUUCGGUGUUCAUUGCAAACAGUAUUACUCGUUGGAUGUUACUUAUUUCAAGUCAUCUCUUGAUUGUCACUUGUUGGAUCUUCUGUGGAAUAAGUAUUGGGUUAAUACCCUUUCGUCUUCUCCUUUGCUUGGGAAUGGUGACUAUGUUGCAGGACAAAUAUCAGAUCUUGCUGAAAAACUGGAACAAGCUGAAGGUCAGUUGUCCCAUUCACGGUUCGGACCUCUCAUAGCACCUACCCAAAGAAAGAAAGAGGAAGAAUCACAACUUGCUAAAAUUACACGGGAUAGUGCAAAGAUCACUGUUGAGCAGGUUCAUGGUUUAAUGUCACAGGUUAUCAAGGACAUACUCUUUAAUUCAGUUCGUCCAUCGCAUAAAUCUCAGCCAGAGUCAUCAGGACCCGAGCCUAUGGUUCAAUCAUGAAGAUGGUCUCGUAGUAUUAUGAUUGCUCAUGUUUAAAACUUAGUACUCUUUUGACUGGACAGUUUUGUUGCUUGUUCAUACUGAUAUGAGUGUCCUUUUGCUUGGUCAAAUCCUUUUUAUUUGGGGUACUGAUAUUGGAAUUUGCACCAACCAAAUGCUGCGUACGAGCAAACACGACUUCAGUUUU